AGUCAUGUAACUUUAUUGACAGGCUUUUACCAAAUUUGCAUUAUAUAAGAUGCUGCCCAAUGCCUAUCACAUGACAGCGGGCUCAGAAAGGUGGGCCAGAAAGAUAACAGCAUGCAGGUGGGGCCCAAGACUGAUGCUGUCUAUGCUCCUCAGUAGUCCUCUUGCACUGACUCUGUGAGCCAGCUCAGGAUCCCAGAAUGUAUGAGAAAAUCACAAUUGCAGUACUACUGUCAGGUUAUAUUUUUACAUCAACUUCCAUCCUUGCAACUUCACCUGCACCUUCUACAACAGAAAUUCCAGUGUCAUUAACAGUAGGUCCUGGUCAUACAAUGACAGCUGAAGACACUGCUGUGUCUGACGACCCUUACAUACCUCCAAAGCUACCAGCACCAAGACGAAAACAACUUGUUCACAUGUUCUCAGAACCAGUGAUAAUAGCCAUUAUCUUGGGGGUGAUAGCUGCUAUUGUUGGAGUUAUUCUCUCUUUUGCUGUCUGUGUCCAGCUACUGACAAAGAAAUCGCCAGGUGACAAGCUACCACCCCUGGAAGACACAGGAGAACCUUUAAGUUCUGUUGAAGUAGAAUAUACAGAAGAGUAAUCAAUGAGAAUGUGCUCACCAAGCAAAACAGUGGAAGAACUCAACAAGACACAAGAUGGCAGUCAAUCAAAAAAUGAGCUUGUGAAUUGGGCACUUCAACAAAUUUUGUACCUGCCUAAAUUGUACCACUUCAGGAAACAAAUUUCAUUAUAGUGAGUUCCAGUGACCUAACCAUGGAAAAAUAACUCUGCUCAUUAAUACUUCAAGAUAAAGAACACAUAUUUCCUCAUGCUUGCUUUCUUGUUAGCAUAAUCUUAUAAUUAGUUGAUUCAAAAUUUUGACCCACAAUUCCAGUUGAAUUUAUCUGCGUUAUUCUAUUCUACUGUGUUUUACUAAUGGUGCUGUAAAAUAUAGGGCUUGUGACAUCUCCAUGCACCCUAAGUUCUCUUCCCAUUCUAAAUUUUUGAGUUCUCCAUUAUUUUAAAUAAGUUGAAGGGACAUCUAUUAAAAGGAUUUAUUUUCCUUAUUGCUCAAUAGGCACAAUAUUGGAUUACACUAGAGAUGUUGACAUUUUGUUCCCACUGAUAUGACUUAUGCUUGAAAGUGCUAUAAAUAUAAAUUAUAUAUAAUGGUACCUACAUUCAUUAUUUAGUGCAUAAAUCAAGACCAAAGUUUUCUGCCAUUCAAAAGGUGAGAUAUUGACUAUAUACAAUUGGCCCAUGUAAAAUAAUUUGUCUGGCAAUAAACCACUAAUGCACUGUGUUCCACUGAAAGAGUUAUUUACAUAAGUGGUCGGAAGAUUCUGAGUAAGAAAAAGAUUAAUGACUUGCAAAAGAACUUUAACAACUCUGAAUGUAACAAGAUGUACAAACUUUACAUGCUGGUGAAUAUUUUAAUAAGUCACACUAUAUUUUCAAUUAAAUUAUUUAAUGUAUCCAGACUCACUCCACUUACUCUUAAUGACAAAACUUUAGAAACUGUUUUAGAUUAUACAAAUGGAAUUUCCAGAUAUUAUAGAGUAAGUCUUUACAAUUGUCACUCAUUUGUAAAGACAUCUAAUAUAAAUAUAUGUA